AUGCAUUCGCCAAAGUUCCAGGAUGAUAUCGAUCUUGAAGCUCGCGGAUAUCAACGUGCGAUGCCGCGACAAUUCUCCACAUUCAGUCUUGUUGCCCUCUCUUUCAGUCUAACGUGCACUUGGUCCGGCACUGGCUCAUCAAUCGGUAUCUCUUUACAGGAGGCCUCGGCCGCUGGCACUAUAUGGUCUCUUCCAGUGGCUGCUCUCAUGACAGCAAUUCUGUCGGCUGGCGUGGCGGAAUUAGCAUCGGCCUAUCCAGUCGCCGGUGCUCAGUACUACUGGGCAUUCUGUCUUGCAUCUAAAGAUUGGCGAGCUUUUGCUUCUUACAUGAAUGGCUGGUUGAGCAUUUUGGGGUGGUGGCUAGCCAGCGGUGCAGCCUGCAACUUCAUUGCAUCCCUAAUCCUGUCCAUCGUGGUUCUCUGGUAUCCAGACUAUGAGAUCCAGAACUGGCAACAAUGGCUCGUCUAUCUUGGCAUAGUAUGGCUCUCGGUCGCACUCAAUACCUGGGGCUCACAGCUUCUUUCUCUUUACAAUCGUUUGAACUUCCUCGUCGCAUGUGUCACUCUCACCGCAACAACGAUCACGCUGUUCGUUUGCAGUCGAACAAACCACGCCGCUCCUAAGUGGACACUCGGCGAUGCCACAAAUGGAACAGGGUGGAAAAGUGAUGGGCUCGCCUUCCUACUAGCGAUCAGUAACGCCGUGUACGCAUUUCUUGGAACGGACUGCGGAGCACAUGUCUGCGAAGAGAUCCAUGACCCUGCUCGAAACACGCCUAAGGUCAUCCUAUAUCCCGUCCUUAUGGGCUUGGUUACUGCGCUUCCCUUUUCUGCCGCUUGCAUGAAUGCCAUUACCGAUCUGGACGCAGUUCUGAAUUCGCCAUCGGGUGUUCCCCUAAUCGAGAUUUACUAUCAAAGUACCGGGUCUAAGGGAGCUUCGUCUGUUCUGUUGGCUUUGUUCGCGUUCUGCUUUUUUGGGUGCACCGUUGGCAAUGGCACCACAUGCUCGAGAACGAUCUGGGCUGUCUCACGUGAUAACAUGCUUCCAUUUAGUGAGAAAUGGGCAAUCGUCAACCCUAACUUUCAGAUCCCACUGAAUGCACUCUGUCUGAGUAGCAUCAUUGUUUCGCUAUACGGCCUGAUUUUCCUCGGCUCAUCAACCGCCUUUUCUGCGAUGGCUGGUGCCGCCGUAAUCUUCCUGCAAACUUCCUGUGCCCUGCCGCAGGCUAUUCUUUUGUGGCGUGGUCGGCACAUUAUGCCUGAGCGGCCCUUUUCGCUCGGUCGAUUUGGGUUUGCCAUCAAUCUUAUCUCGGUGCUAUGGGUGAUUCUUCUUGACAUCCUUUGCUUCCUCCCGACUGAGAUGCCGGUGACUAAAGAGAAUAUGAACUACGUCUCUGUCGUGUCGGUUGGUCUGACGGCGGCUGUACUCGCACUGUAUGUCUUUUCUAAAAGGGGUCAGUAUCUUGGACCCCGGCUACCGAAUGAACUCGGCCAGAUAGUGGAUGGAGAGGAACUUGGCAAUAUGGAACUGAAAGAUUCGGGCGAGAAAAUGUCUAAGAAGGAGUGA